CCAGACCUUAAAAACUCGACCCGGCCCAUUAACAAGAAGUCAAGCAGCUAGGAAAAUCGAAUGCCGCGCUUUGCCAGAAUAGAACGAACUCGAGCAACAACCAAAAAUGUCACCAACGAACGAAGCUCUUGUCCUCAUCCAAAAAAUGGUGAAAAGCUCGCCACUCAAAGCCUUGUCAAUCUUCAACUCCUCAACUCUCCAAGGCUUCCACCACACCCACCACUCCAUCUCCUUCAUUCUUCACAAUCUCAUCUCCUCCAAUAUGCCAAUGCACGCCCAGUCUCUCAUUCUUCAACUCCUCUCCGGUCGAAUCUCAUCCCCAUUCUUCACUCCCUCGUCUCUCCUCCACGAUUUAACUCAACCCAAGUUGAGCUCAGUCCCCACCUCUGGUCAUCUAUACGAAGCAAUCAUCAACGCCCACGUUCAAACUCAGUUGCCAGAGCAAGCCCUUUACUAUUUGAACAAAAUGGUUGAUCAAGGCCUCGUUCCCAGAUCAAACACUUUCAAUAACGUAUUGGGUUUCCUUGUUAAGUCGAGAGAUUUUGAAAAGGCUUGGUGGGUGUUCAAUGAGUUUAAAGGUAAGGUGGGAUUGGAUUUGUAUAGUUUUGGGAUAGUUUUAAAAAGUUGCUGCGAGGGUGGUGAAUUGGAUAGGGGGUUUGGGGUUUUUGAUGAGAUGGAGGAAAUGAGUUGGUCUCCAAAUGUGGUUAUAUAUACUACAUUGAUUGAUGGGUGUUGCAAGAAUGGUGAUUUAGAGAGGGCAGAGAAGAUGUUUUGUAAAAUGGGGGAGCUUGGUUUGGUUGCUAAUCAGUUUACAUAUACUGUGUUGAUUGAUGGGCUUUUCAAGAAAGGUCGGAAUAAAGAAGGGUUUGAGUUGUAUGAGAAGAUGAAGAUUAAUGGGGUUGUUCCUAACAUGCGUACUUAUACUUGUUUGAUCAGUGGGUGCUGCAACGAUGGAAAAAUGAAUAGUGCCUUGAACCUGUUCGAUGAAAUGCGUGAGAGAGGAAUGGCCUGCAAUGUGGUCACAUAUAACAUCCUAAUUGGUGGGUUGUGUCGAGAAAUGAGGGUUUGGGAAGCUGAGAAGUUUGUGAAUGAGAUGAAGAGGGAUGGUAUUAGUCCAAGUAUAGUUACUUUCAACACUCUGAUUGAUGGGUUUUGUGGUCUUGGAAAGUUAGACAAGGCGUUGAGUUUGUUUGAUCAGUUGAAGUCGAAUGGACAAUCUCCGUCUCUGGUGACUUACAAUGUUCUGAUUCAAGGCUUUACCAAAGCUCGAAACUCUGCUGGAGUUAUUGAUUUGGUGAGAGAGAUGGAGAACAGAGGCAUGUCUCCUUCUAAAGUGACGUAUACAAUUGUAAUUGAUGCCUUGGUUCGAUCUGAUGACAUGGAAAGAGCAUUUCAUGUGUUCUCCUCCAUGGGGAAGGCUGGUCUGGUGCCUGAUGUCUACACCUAUGGGGUCUUAAUACAUGGAUUAUGCAUGAAAGGUAAUAUGAUUGAAGCAUCAAAGCUGUUACAAUCAAUGAGCGAUUCACAUUUGGAGCCAAGUGAUGUCAUAUUUAAUAUAAUGAUUCAUGGCUACUGCAAAGAGGGUAGCUCUUACAGGGCACUGAGGUUGCUCAAAGAAAUGAGAAAGAAAGGAAUGGUUCCGAAUGUGGCUAGUUAUAGUUCGACCAUUGGAGUUCUUUGUAAUGAUGGGAAAUGGGAAGAAGCUGAAAUACUACUUAAAGAAAUGACGGACUCAGAUUCGAAACCAUCAGUUUCUUUGUAUAAUAUAGUCUCUAGAGUGAAAGAUGAUACACCGGUGAAGUUAUCAACCUAAACCUAUGAUAUUGUCAGUACAGCACAAAUGCGGCGGAAAGAAAGUAUUACCAUUGCCUCUUGAAGCUUGUUGGCGGACCACACAGUACUAGCUGGACAUGCUUCAGUUAGUUAAAAUUGAUGAGCCUCCCUAAAAACUUCCCCCACAAGGGUUAUCAGAAACGGAUGAAAAAGAAACACUUGUAGCUUUCUUUGAGGAUGAGGUUGCUCAUGGUUCUCGGGAUAUAUGGGAGACUUAGGUUCGAUAUCAUGAGCUAGAUUGGAAAGUCACUGAAUCAGAGAUGACCUCAUAUAUAUAUUCCCAAAGAAGCAGCUCCAACAACAACAUAACUCUGUUGAUCAAGCUCCCAAGUCUGACCAAGUUGCUGCCACUGCAAAAACAAAGCCGGAUGCCGCUGGAGCCUUCACUUCUGCAAGAGAAAGCUGCGGUUUCGACCCCACGGAAUGUGUUAUUUGCUUGAAGAAGUUCAUGGAUGGGGAAGUGUCUCAGAUUGACUCGAUUCCAUCUCGAGUGUAAGCAUACGUUUGAUCAAGUAUGUAUUACCAAGCCACUGUCCCCAUUGUCGUGAAGAGGUCUAUUUUAAUUAAUAGAUGCAGAAAAAAUUACAUUAACUAACCCUUAUUUUACAGCGGGAGUUGCAUCAUCAACUAAUCUUCUUUUAUUUCUACACGUUGGGAGUUGCAUCAACCACAACUUGUAGUGUCUACACGCACUACUGAGCUUGGCAGAUCAUACAAAUAUGUUGUGAUAAACAAGAAGAACAUGU